GCUCUUGUUUCCAGCAGAACUCCGCACGAGACUUUUGACACAGUACCCAGCACGCGCAUUUAAGUCCAGAUCGCGGACGGUGCUGGAGGCAGGGAGGCAACGUUACAGCGAGACCGACUUCUGAUCCUGUAAUAUCUCGGAUUAUACUAAAAGGAGUAUGUAUACGUUACGAAUCGCGACAUUUCUCCUCUGUUGUCUCGUGUUACUCAAGGUGUGCAGUGGCGCCUCAGUGGACAGGUAUGAGAGUGCCAAACCCAGAACAACAGUGGGCAACCUCUUUCACACCCUAGAGAAAAUAAACACAACCCAGCACCAGGUGGACAGUGGGACUGUUGUGGAUGAAGAUGAUGAUGAUUACGACGAAGAUGGUGAUCUAUCUGACGAUUAUGACUCUAACCAGCCAAGAGUGGCAUUUUCCACCAAACCCAAACAUCCGUCAGUGAUUCCCACUACAGAGAAGAAGACAAAAAAAGGGAAAAGGAAGGGCAAAGGAAAAGGCAAGGGAAGAAAGAAGAACCCCUGCCUGGAGGAAUACAAAGAUUUCUGCAUUCACGGGGAGUGUCAGCAUCUGAAGGAGUUGAACACUCAUUCUUGUGUUUGUAAAGCAGGAUACUCAGGAGAGAGGUGCCAUAUAUUUACACUACCAGUUGGUAAGGAGGAACAGCGUUACAGCCGGACCACAGCUCUAGCGGUCAUCGCUGUGGUCCUGUCCCUCAUGUGUCUCACAAUCAUCGCUAUUCUGCUGGCCCUAAGGUACCACAAAAAAGAUGAUGCUGAUGUAGAAAGAGAAGAAAAGGUCAAACUCCAGGCAACAUCAGUACAGAAGUGAUAAGGGAAGAAAGGGUGAAGAAAGCCGAAAGGAUGUGUGACCCAUGGAUAGAUAGCCCCCGUUCAAACUGAUCCCAUGUCCUGCAGUCAUGGUGGCUGUCUACACUGGCAUGAAGGAUGUUUUGAAUGCUGCUUCCAUGUGCAGUACAAUGUCCUUAUCAAUGUAUUCUCCUUGUGGAGAGCAUACUGAAAGGACUGAACCGAAUGAAUGUAUUGCGACUUUAAUCAAGUUGCUUUUUUGUUUGUUGCUUAUUUAUUUAUUUCAAAAAGGGUGUUUCUAGUUCCCUUCCCAAGUCUCUCCAAUUGCGUAUACACGCUUAUGGGGGAGACUACCGUUUAAUAUUGAUACUGAAGCCGGAUUUGUUGACAAUGUGUACCUGUACAAACAAAUGGUUCUUCAACCCAUCAAAAGGGGAGGAGCCAACUACUAUUCAAGAGCCAUUCGUCAAAAUCUAUCCUGACCAGCAAGAGAGGAAGAUUAGAGGGCUAAGUCUCACAAGCCCCUUUCACACUGCCAUUCCGGCAAAUACAGGGGUAAAGUGUUCCUGUAAUUGUUCCCUGGUCGCUAGAUUUGGCACUUUCACACUGCCAGUGAUGACCCGGUAUAUGUGCGUGCUUUCACACACAACCCUUGAAGAUCCCGUAACGACAUGUGACAUCAGCGCGUGACGUGUAAUGUACGAGUCGACAAUGCUUGGCACAUUAUACUUUAACUGAAGCAAGCAAACGAUCUCUGCGUCAGCGCGGAAAGUGAGGAACUAACUGAUCUCUGCUUCAUUACAGUUUGCACAUAUGUUUUCGUCGCGAAUGUUGAUCUUCCUUCAAAACAGCCGGUAAAAGAGUCGCGCGAUAACGCGCGUCAUCACUUCGAUACGGAAUUAGAUCUGGCUUUUGUUCACACAGCGCUCAUUCCGGAUCGAUUACCGCAAUGUUACUAUGUCCCCGACCCGGGUUCGAUUCGGUAAUCAAUUCCGGGACGUGGUUGCUUUCACACAGAAGGUGACCAGGCAAUGUUACGGGAAUAUUGCGGGUCCGACGUGCAGUGUGAAAGGGGCUACAGAGGCUGUGUUUCCCUCAAAGAAGACUCGUGUCUGCUUUCCGUUUCCCGGCCUUGUGUUUUAUGGAAGCUCUUUUGUAAGAGCCCUUCAGCCCAAGAAAAUUACUGCUGAGAUAGUUGACCCACAAACUCAAAAGAGCAUUUCAUCACUUCUCACUGCCGUGGCAAUCAGUUCCCUACCCCAUAUUGGCAAUCUGCCAAUCAAAACACUAAAACCACUGUUCAUCUGGCUUCAGGCUUGGACAGCUUUCCCGGAUGUGUCAGGUUGUAAAAGUGCAAGGUUGUAUAGGUUGUAAAAACCAUAGAAUGAGGUUACUCAUUCCAGUGCGCACGAAGGCCACUUAUGCCGCAUUUCCACCAUUACCCAGAACAUUUGUACCAGGAACUUUUUUCCCCCCAGACCUGUUGCUUUCUGCGUUUCCACCGCGGUGUAAAGUACCGGGAAGAUUCGACAAAUAGUCUGGUGACGUAGGUCUGCGCGCGUUUCUCAAUACAAAGUACGCUGAUUUUGGAUGUACAUCCUCGGUAGAUCAGACUUUGUGCAUUCGACUCGGGAGUGUGAUGUCUGCGACGACGUAAAUCCGGUAAUUCUGCAAACGGCAGCGUACUUGAUAACAUCAGUCAGCUUGCCUUGACUACUGCAAUUUUCCUCACUGUAUAUUUACAAUAAAACGCAAUAGGAUAUCAAAUACCACUGCCUCCUUUCAUUUUCAUUUUAACAUAAUAACAGCUGCAGAAAUGUACUUAGUUCAGGGAUAUAUGUAUUUAUACAGCCAUUACAAUGAAACAAAAUAUUAUAUAAAUUUGCCUAUUUUAAUUUAAAUUUUAACAUAUAGAUAAAUUGAAUACAGACCAAAGAUAACCUGUUAGAUUUACCCAAAACAAAUGAUAUUUUAUGUUUAACCACUAAAGAGACAUCAAAGCCAGCGGGACAUAUCAGAAGGUCUAGCCGAGGUGAGGCUCACGUCUCCAAGAUCGGCGAAACACAUUUUUAAAUAGGCGCUGUCUUUAUAAAUAAACCAAAUAUUUGAGUUUUAAACAACUACAUUCUCGCCUGAAAUACUUUUAAGAUUACAUUUCAUGACACAAUAACAGUAAUAUUUUGAUCCGAAUAAAUGGUGGUUGAACUCAACCAAUGCUGUAUGAACUCAACCAAUCAGGACGUUUAGAGCACAAGUCCCGCCCCCGAAAGUUCCAGAACUUUAAAAAAGUACUACUUCGCCAGCAGGGACUUUUCUGAGGGGCAUUUUUUUUUACCCGGAGCUUUAUUUAGUUCCUGGUUUCUGCGGUGGAAACACACGAAGUACCAGGCCAAAGUCCCUAGUUCCUGGGUAAAGUUCCUGCGGUGGAAACGCGGCAUUAGCUUCAGAUGUAUUAUUCAUACUUUGGUACAGCAUAGUGAUGCACAUGCUUACAGGCUGAAGUGCAAACAUUGCUUGUAAAAAGGAGCAAUAGAGACUGUUCCCCCGGCGAACAGUGAGCAAUAUAGGUCGCCUGGUUCAAAUGAUCUGGUCUGUCUUCUAGAGGGCAGAGUUAGACCUCUUUGCCGAAGAAGACUACUUUUACUGCCCAAUUUACUUUUUGAAGCACCAAGAUGCCCAGGCCCACGAUUGCCCCAGCGCUCACUUGUAUGCCUUUCUGACUGGUGUACAGGAUGCAGCCUGGAUCCGUCCUCUUGUGACGUGCCACACGUGCUAACCUUUAUUACAAGAGUUGCUGGAUAAAGGGUGCACCCAAAGUUACACACUCAAAGUUUAUGUGGCAACCAUCGCAGCGAAUCAUGUUCUAGUGGUUGGCCAAUAAGUGACUAAAAAUUACCUGGUCGUUAAAUUUCUGAGGGUAGCUCCGAUGUUGAACCUGUUUCGUCCUCGUACUGUGUCUACGAGGUCCUUCCUUCGAGCUGCUCCAGUUGGCUGAUUUGCGGCACCAGUCGCUCAAGAACACCCUUCUCUUGGCAUUAGCAUCGGUCAAGUGAAUAGGUGAACUGCAAGCACUGUCGGUCAGUGCCUCAUGUCUUGAGUUUGGGUCUAACGACUGAAAAGUCAUCCUCAUGCCAAGACAAGGCUAUGUGCUUAAGUUUCUCUCAACCCUGUUUAGAGCACAAGGUAUUAUCUUUCUAGCUCUUCCUAGUUCAGAGGACGAGCAGUGUCCCAAUCCACUUUGCCCUGUUAGGGCUCUUAGAGUGUAUGUUGAGCGCUCUGGUCCGAUUCAACACUUGGAGCAGCUCUUUGUAAGCUUUGGAGGCUGCUCUAAAGGGCUGCCAGUUAUGAAACAAUGACCAUCUAUGGUAUAGCCCUAGCUUAUGCUACAUUGGGCCCACUCCACUCUAGGAAUGACCACCUCUUGGGCUCUUGGGCAUGGUCCAGUGGAAUCUCUACUGGUGACAUCUGUGCCACUGCUGGCUGGUCAUCCUAUGUAGAUUUUACUGCUGUAUGUAGUCCCCAGUGAGUUGAGCUCAGGGCUCAUUCAUACUCAUGCUUCUUAAGGGCCCUUAUUUCGGUAUGCAGAGCUUCUUAGUUAUGCAGUUUAUUAUAACAUGUUGCUUUUUCGAUGCGUUCCCCCGUAAGCGUGUAUAUUCAACAGGAGAUACCAUUCGAAUGGGAACACUCUGGUUACUAAUUGUGACGAGUGGGGCGGGGCCGAGAGCCGUGGGAACGGGGCAAGGCUGGCAGAGUGAUUGGAAAUGAGCGACACCUGCUCGACCCACCGGUCUCAAGUCCCACGGAGGAGAUGGAAGGAUAUAAAACAGGAGCGACAACAGUGACGGACGAGAGAGGUCCAGGCCUGGUCCCACGGCUCUCGGCCCCGCCCCACUCGUCACACUAAUGUAAUCUCAGUUACGUGAGAUAAGGGAACGAGCGUUACAUAAAUUGCCAUGCUAUAAGUCUGCAUGCAAGUCGAUGGCUGCAGCUGACAGUCGAAAGAUUCUGACGAAUGGCGCUCUGAGCUAACUCAUAUAGUAGUGGCUCCUCCUCUUUUGGCAGGUUGAAGCACCAUUUGUUCAUGCAGGUACACAAACUUGAACAAAUCAGGCUUCAGUAUCAGAGUAAACAGGAGUUUUCCCCAUAAGCGUGUGUACGCAAAGCUCGUUCCCUUAUCUCAGGGAACCGAGGUUACGUUAGCAACCGGAGCGUUUAUCCCAUCAGUCUAAAUCUAUAGUACUGUUGGAAACACCACAAAACACUUGUAAUUAUUUAUUUAUAAUGUAUUGGUUAUUUAUUUUGAUAUGUAACAAUUUUGUGUGAAUGCACUGAUAGUUUUGUACAUGUGUUUUUAUUGUAUAGAUAUUUAUUAUUGAUAGAUACAAUCAAAUAAUAAUAGGACUGAAGUUGCAUGACAGACUGUACAAUCUAAUACCUGUAUGGAAAGCCCUCCUGUAUAGUUUAAUAAUAUUAUAGCUAAACUGUGAAAUAAACCGAUUUGUGGAGCUCUAAAAACGCAAUCAAUUAAAUCACAUACUGUGGAGGAAUGUCUGACACAGGGCUUUGUAGGUAUAUCUAAUACUGACAAAGUGUAGCUUAAAUUAAGUGAAAUAAAAUAGAAUAUGUUUAUCAAAAAAUUUAAGUAAAUUUUAGGCAAUGACAACGAAACAUUUUAACCAAUGAUAUUACUGUUUCAUUUUAAUAAACAAUUGUUUAAUAAACAUUA